AGCAGUCCGCAUGAACGCGCGGGGCGCCGCCGGGCGCUGCCCUCCCACGACAUGGCUGGGCCCCUGGCUGCUGCUGCUCUGUCUCCUGGUGAGCGGGAGUAUUACCAUGGAGGUGCCAUCGCAGUACUGUAGCGAAAUGAUUACGGACAGGCACCUGAAGAUGCUCCAGGACCUGAUUGACAGUCAGAUGGAGACCUCGUGCCAAAUUGCCUUUGAGUUUGUAGACCAGGAGCAGUUGAAAGAUCCCGUGUGCUACCUUAAGAAGGCAUUUUUCCUGGUGGAAGAUAUAAUAGAGGACACCUUGAGGUUCAAACAUAAAACCCCCAAUGCCGACACCAUCGAGCAGCUCCGGGAGCUCUCUGUGAGCCUGAACGAGAAGCACUGUUUCACCAAGGACUAUGACGAGCAUGACAAGGCCUGUAUUCGAACUUUCUCUGAGACGCCCCUCCAGUUGCUGGAGAAGAUCAAGAGUAUCUUUAACGAAACAAGGAAUUUCCUUAAAAAGGACUGGAAGAUUUUCAGCAAGAACUGCAAUGACAGCUUUGCUAAAUGCGCUAGCCAAGAUGUGGUGACCAAGCCUGAUUGCAACUGCCUGUACCCCAAAGCCAUCCCUAGCAGUGACCUGGCCUCUGUCUCCCCUCAGCAGCCCCUCACCCGCUCAAAAGUCCCUAUGGCCGGCCUGACCUGGUCUGACUCUGAGGGGACAGAGGGCAGCUCCCUCUUGCCUGGUGAGCAACCCCAGGCAGUGCCAAGCAGCAACCACCCAGGCAGUGCCAAGCAGCGACCACCCAGGAGCACCUGCCAGAGCUUUGAGACACUGGAGACCCCAGGCGUUGAGGGCAGCCCCACCGAAGACUCAGCUCAGCCACACCCCUCUGCUGGGGCCCGCCUUCCAGGGGUGGACGAUGUUCUUGACUCUGUAUUGGGCACUGACUGGGCCCUAGAAGAGGCCUCUGGAGAGGCUAGUGAGGAGCUUGUACCCCAAGGGGCAGAGCUUUCCUCCUCCAGCCUGGGAGGAAGCAGCAUCCAGGCAGAGAUGGCCAGCCCCAGCGACCUCCUCCCAGCAUCCUCUCCACUCCCCCAACUGGCAAAGGGCCAACAGCCAGCAGAUGAGACUGUCACCUCCCUGCCCAAGAUGGGCCCCGGGACACCCACUGGCCAGGCCCAGAAUCACACACCUGAGAAGACAGACCGUUCGUCUGCCCUGCCCAGAGACCACCAGGAUUCCGCCAGGACCCCAUCUCUGCGCCCGCAAGGCCUCAGCAGCCCCUCCACCCUUUCUGCUCAGCCACAGCUUCCCAGAAGUCACUCCUGGGGCAAUAUGCUGCCCAUUGGGGAGCUGGAGGGCAAGAGGAGCACCAGGGAACGGAGGAGCCCUGCAGAGCUGGAAGGAGGACAAGCCAGUGACAGGGCAGCCAGGCCCCCGGCCCGUUUUAACCCCGUUCCUUUGACUGAUGCAGGCCAUGACAGGCAGCGCGUGGAAGCCUCCGACCUCCAGCCGUCCGGGUUUGUCUUCCCCCUGUCCAGCAUCAUCCUGGUCCUGCUGGCCGUCGGCGGCCUCCUGCUCUAUAGGCGGAAGCGGCGGAGCCAUCGAGAGCCUCACACGGUGGAUUCCCCCAUGGAGCAACCGGAGGGCAGCCCCCUGACCCCGGACGAGGACAGACAGAUGGAACUGCCGGUGUAGGAGGAAUUCUAAGCCGGGCGCACAGAACAGACCGUGGGAGGAGACACUGUGGGGACACCCACCACCCCUGCCCAGCCACUCUCCUGGGAGCUUGGCCUGCCCACCAGCAGAGCUCCUGCCUGCCAGGACUAGAUCAGGCUGGGGUCCCUCCACCCUCGACCCUCAGACUCUGGACUAAGAGAGGGCUGGAGGAUGCCCUCUGCGCUGCUGAUAUUUAUCGUGAGCCCUGGAGGCUCACAUCCGCUUGAGGGGCUGCGUCCUUCUCCCAUGCUCUCCGAGUCAGCACCUGGGUUAGACCCAGAGGCCCACGGGAUAUGCGAGAGCAGGGUGGGCACUGAGGAACGAAAGAGCCCUGUGCCCAGAGGACCUGCCUGGUGCCACAGGAUCCUAACACCAACGAGCAGGGACUUGUCUCCAGAGAGAGAAGCAUGAGAUUCGCUGGGCGGGACGGCGUUGGCUGCAUUUCCCGUAAAGGUGUGCAACCCAAAAGACGGCAAGAGGAGGCCUCUGGGCCUGCUGGUCGGCACUGACUGCCCAGAGGGAUCUACACCCUGAUCGCCGAAGUGCCCCUGCUGGUUGCCUGGUGGAGAGGGGAGGCCAGACCUGCUCUCAGGACCUGCCUGGCUUGACUGGUCAUGCCAAGAGGAAGACCAAACUCUGGCCUCUGCCCCACCUUCCCUCCAGCCCGCCAAAGCUUCUCUGGAGGCCGCGCAGAGGCUGCCCACAUGAAGGAAGCCAUUGCACUGUGAAUACUGAACCUGCCUGCUGAACAGCCUGCCCGUUCACGUGGGAGCCAACAUCUGUCCUCCCGCCUCAGCCUCUCCCCAGCUUCCUGCACUGGGUGCCCGAGCCUGCCUUACCUGUUGACUGUCAACUGAGGGAGCCCCUAAGCCCUGACCUUCUGCUGACCUGGCCUGAUUUCUGGGGGGGGGACUGGCCGGGCUGCCAGCCAGAGCUGGUCUUUAGGCUGUGUUGUUCGCCCAGGUUUCUGUAUCUUGCACUUUGACAUUCCCAAGAAGAGGGAGGGCAGAGACACAAGGACACAGGCUGCAGAGUGAGUUCUGACUGAAAGAGGAUCUUGGAAAUUCGGGCAUGCUCCUGAGGAUGGGAAGGGGGUCUGCACCCCUGACCCACCAGCCCAGUCUCCUUCCCAUGUCCCGACCAUAGCUGCAAGGCUGCCGCCAACAGGCACCCAAGUCGUCCUGGUUAGGAGCCUUGAGGCUGGGUGCACCCCAGCCUGACCUGCACAGUUCCAGCUCCACCUUUUCAGCCUUCUCUUUCCCCAGCCCCAUGGGCAUUGAUGCUUCCAGUUCUUACCCCACCCACAUUACCACCCUGUCUCUGACCAGACAUUCCAGGGUUGGGGAGGGACCAGAAGCAUCCAAGCACCUGCUUCCAAGCCCGCCUUGAGGGCCUCCACUGCUGGGUCAACCCCUGGCCGUGCUCAGAGCUGGCAGCAGCGACGAGGCUAUUGCCCUUGGUCCCUCUGUGCUGCCGUGCCCCUCCUCUCCUGCUGUGCGGGGCACUCCUGGCCAUGACCUUCCCUUCCUGCCAUGGAAAGGGAGGGUCUGAGGGCCCUGCCUCCCUGCCCUGCUAAUGACAGUUGCAGGAAGGGGAGCAGAGAGCUUUCCCCAAGGGGCUCACGGAUUCUACAUUGGAUGCUAGAAAAUAUGUAUUUAAAAAUGGGAGAAAAAAAAAAAAAACAACACAGAACAAGGCAUUACUCCCUCCCCACUCACCCCUUAAAUUUAUAGUAUUUCAGAAGUCAAGAAGGGAAUCUACCCGCUGCAGAAGCUCUUUGGUGACACAGGAGCCAGAGGGCCCCCCUGCUACCUGCACAGGAACCCCAAGAAGGGAUGUUGGCUCACACACUGUGAGAUUUUGUUUUUAUACUUGGAAGUGAUGAAUUAUUUUAUAUAAAUUCAUUUAAAUAUCUAUUUAAAAAAUAGGAAGCUGCUUAUAUAUUUAAUAAUAAAAGAAGUGCAC